AUGGGCGAAAAAUUGGCUUCGACAGACAUGAUGGCUCCAGUCAAAGAGGCGUCGGACAUGGAUACCGAUGAGUUGCGACUGGCUCAAAUGGGCCACACUCAAGAGCUCACGCGCCAUUUCAACGUUUUGUCGCUGAUUGGUCUUGCUUCAACAACGACAAUCUCCUGGACUGGCCUCGGACUAAGUAUUGUCACCGAGAUAAAUGCCGGGGGACCGAGUGCAAUUAUAUACGGCUUUAUUCUUGUCACGACUCUGCAGUGCUUUCUCGGUGCUUCCCUAGCUGAAUUUGUGUCCAGCUACCCAACUGAGGGUGGCAUGUAUCACUGGAUUGCUGCUAUUGCCCCCAGGAGGUCGAGCGCGUUUUUAAGCUUCAUCACCGGCUGGCUGACAGUCUGCGGCUGGAUCUUUACCACAGCCUCGACCAAUUUGAUAUUUUCCCAAGUCGUCCAAGCCUUGUACGCCCUUUAUCAUCCAGACCUGGUGAUCAAAAAUUGGCAAACCUUCAUAAUUUUCCAGAUCCUAAACCUGUUGACGGCAUCGGUUGUUUUAUUUGGCAACAAGCUUAUUCCAGCAUUGAAUAGGUUCUCUCUAUUCUACCUCCAAAUCGGCUGGUUCAUCGUCCUUGUCACAGUCGUUGCAUGUGCUCCGACACAUCAGAGCAGUGAAUUUGUCUUUAGGAAGUGGAUAAAUAACACCGGCUGGGAGAAUAAUGUUAUUUGCUUUAUUACCGGCCUCGUCAACCCUUUGUACAGUCUGGGAGGUCUUGACGGGAUUUCUCAUAUCACAGAAGAGAUGCCAAACCCUUCUCGCAACGCGCCCCUAGCAAUCGCCAUUACCCUGACAAUUGCAUUUGCCACAGGUGUGACGUAUCUCAUCACGCUGAUGUUUAGUGUUCAAGACUAUGCGGCUUUGUCGACAACAAACACGGGCUUGCCCCUGGCUGAGCUCUUUCGCCAAGUCACCCAAUCAGCUGGCGGUGCAUUCGGGCUGACUUUUAUUCUGUUUGUCGCCCUCGGACCUUGCGUCGUUUCAUCACAACUGUCAGCUUCGCGAGUUCUCUGGGCGUUUGCUCGAGACAGUGCCAUGCCAUUUUCCAGUGUUUGGGCACAUGUCAGCAAGCGGUUCGGUAUUCCCUUCAAUGCACAGCUGUUGGUUGCUGCUGCCAACGCUGCCCUGGGCUGUAUCUACCUUGGAAGUAGUACGGCUUUCAACAGUAUGCUUGGUGCGGCUGUUACUAUCAAUAAUGUUGCAUACCUUAUCCCCAUAUCCACGAAUAUGCUUACCGGCAGGGCCAACAUGCACAAAGGUGUUUUUCAUAUGGGUAACUGGGGCUGGCUUGUGAACGGCGUGGCUGCGGCAUGGCUGCUCUUUGCUAUCAUAUUCUUUAGUUUCCCGUAUAACAUGCCCGUCACGGUGCAGAACAUGAACUACACCUGUGUUGUCGUCGGUGGAUUGCCUAUCCUCAUACUAGUGUGGUGGAUUGUAGGUAGCAAGCAGUAUAAAGACAAGAUAUCCCGAGCGAAGGAGGAGUAG